AUGUCCGAGCUCGAGCUAGUCGACACCCUGGAUCCCUUCAGCGAGGGCAUCAACUUCAGCGUGCGGCCCCCGAAGAAGAGCUGGAAGCAGAUCACGAACCUGUCGGGCGGCGAGAAGACGCUGGCGUCGCUGUCGCUGGUCUUCGCCUUGCACCACUACAAACCCACCCCCUUGUACUUCAUGGAUGAGAUCGAUGCUGCCCUCGACUUCCGGAACGUGUCCAUCAUCGCCAACUACAUUAAGGAGCGCACGAAGAAUGCGCAGUUCAUCGUUAUCUCAUUGCGAAAUCAUAUGUUCGAGAUGGCCGACCUUCUUGUGGGGAUCUACAAGACGCAGGAUAUCUCCAAGUCCGUGGGCAUCAACCCCCACAUUUUCGAGGUCAAGAAGGCGUUCGCCCCUCAGCCUGGCCAGAAAGCCCUCCAGGAGGAGCCGCCCGCCUCCCAGCCGCCCGCCAAGCGCCGCGCGCUCGCGGCCGCGGCGCCGGAGGCGCCGGCGACCGACAUCGACUGA